AUGGUCCAGCUCCAGCCAACUCGCCUCGCUGAGUCAAAGAGUGCGGAGGCGUUGGAUGCCCCUCCACGACGGAUGAACCCGGCGAUUGCUGUGGCGGGCCUGAUCAUUCCGCCCCCGCCAUCGGUGCCCCCGCCUGCUGACAACUCGCGCAAGGCGAGUAAUAUCGAUAAGGACCCGGAUAUCGCUGCGAAGGCCGUACUGCGCGACCUUACCAAUGAGAUUGACCAGCUAGUGGCGACUAGCACCAGUUCGGUCGAAGAAGACGAAGCACUGACCCGCAUGCUCUCGGACAAGUACAUCCACGCACGACUGAGCAAGUUAUCCGGAACACCGUUCGUACAGUUAGUACGCAAGAAGUCACUGCAGAGGUUGACUCCGGAUCAACAUAAAACGCUACAGAGCCUGCUCCAGCUGCCAGAGAAGCAGCUACUGCGACUGCCGAAGGCCCAACUGGAGCUCGUGCAGUUCGCCAAGCGAUACGAAAAACUCGUCAAGGCCACACCCGAUCAGCUGCGGCAUCUUCCUAUUGAACAUCAGCAGCUCGUGCGGAGUGUGCAGCAGCAACAAAAGCAACUCACUAGAGCCGAUGAACGUCGUUAG